AUGGUCCACGAAGCUAUCAUCAGCGACAUCGAUGUCACAUUUUGCACAGAAAUUCAGGGACCCCCUGAAGAUAUGGGUGAUGAACAGUGCAGGACGCCGAAUUCGAGAGUCCCUUCGCCCACGGAUUCAGAGAACGGGACAAUGUUUUACGAGGUGCUCUCAGGCCCUUUCCCCCCAUCUGAUGCCGAGCUCGCUUCUUCGCGACAACCCAGCACUCCUUCUGGCGGAGACGAUUCUUCUACGCACAGUGUCUUGAAUGUCGGUCCUGCAGCGUACACUGGCGACACCUACGACAACCCCUCGUAUCUUCCCGAGCUGGUCAAAAAGUGGAAGCAGUUCCAGGAUUUACCGAAAGGGAUGCCAGAUGACAUGCAUGUAACGUUUGGCUGGGCAUUCACUCUGGAGCACCAGCCAGAAAAACCUCUCUCCAUCGAUGAUCCCAUGUUUCACCAGUUUCGCCGUGGCAACCUGAACAAAUUCAGGAGGGCCUGCAUUGCGACCCAUGGACGCGGCCCAAGCAAGUCAUAUUCGGCCUAUAGCGUCGCUUACUCUACGGUUCACGGAGUACGCGACGUCUAUGGCAAUUCAGCUCCCCGCCCGACCGUGUUUGGGAAGAGGAUUAAAGAGAAAACGCAACUCGAAGACGACAGAUACCGGAUCCAGGUGUCUUACCCUGAUAUAGCUUGGGACGUCGACCCUCCCUUUGUCCAGUGUGCAGAGUACCUGACUCUGGCUCCUAUUGUCCGCGAGAUCAACGCCGAAACCGCCAACAAGAUGGUUCCUGUCACCACAUUAACAAUUUGCGACCGGAAAGCAGUCACCAAGGAUCUACCUCUGUGCGACCACUGUGUGGAAUUUGUGGAAGGCCUUGUAAAGAAGAACAGGGGAUUGAGGGUCAUAGAUGCAGUCAACGGCCGCAUCUACGAAUCGGAGGUGACAAAGCAGAUGUGGGAGCAAGCCCAAAACAACAGCGAACAUUGA